CAACCCAACACAUUCUUUUUCUAUUUCCAAACUAUUCUGUGUGUGUCCUGUCGCUGUUCAUAUGGUCACUAGGGAUCUCUCUCUCCCUGGUUUCAGUCUCGGUCUCAGUCUCGGUCUCAGUCUACGGCUUGCUUGACAUUCAGUCAUGUCUGUGGUUUGCUGUUGCUCAGUUUCCUCCACGUUAUCCCUGGCAGUUUGUUGCUCAGUUUGCUCCACGUCAUCCCUGGCAGUUUGUUGCUCAGUUUGCUCCACGUCAUCCCUGGCAGUUUGUUGCUCAGUUUGCUCCACGUCAUCCCUGGCAGUUUGUUGCUCAGUUUGCUCCACGUCAUCCCUGGCAGUUUGUUCCUUAGUUUGUUGCUCAGUUUGUUGCUCAGUUUGCUCCACGUUAUCCCUGGCAGUUUGUUGCUCAGUUUGUUGCUCAGUUUGCUCCACGUUAUCCCUGGCAGUUUGUUGCUCAGUUUGUUGCUCAGUUUGUUGCUCAGUUUGCUCCACGUUAUCCCUAGCAGUUUGUUGCUCAGUUUGCUCCUCGUUAUCCCUGACAGUUUGAUAUACGGUUUGUUCCACACAUUCACUGGAAUUUUGUUCCUCAGUCUCUAUGGUCUCCAUGGCAGCAGUCUCUAUAGUUUCUAUGGUAACAGUCACUAUAGUUUCCAUGGCAGCAGUCUCCACGACAGUCUGUUUCUCAGUGUCUGUAUGUUUUCUUCUCCUCUUCCUGGGUCUACCAGGCGGUCUCUUUUUCAGAGCUUGACGCCGUUUCUCAAAGUUUUUGUGAAUUCGUCCAAUUCUCUUUGUGGGUCGUCCCAUUUUCACACAACAAGCCAACUCAAAAGUAUAGUGUAGCUCUCUCUGAGUCGCGGUCGGUGAUGCACAUGCGCACAAUUACCCAGGACUCGACCUUCGACCUAUAUUAGUAGUGUCGGUGACUUCCAUCUCUCGUUCGCCAUGUCUUGGUUUGGGAAUAUCCGGACGUUCCACGCGUCUGCUCUGAAUCUCCUGGCCGGUUCCCUCGCCAAAUGUCCCGAUCUGCCGUGGGAGAAGGUCCAGCGUCUAGUGGCCCAUUGUCCCCCUCUACCUGACUCCUCCUCUUCCUCUGUGGUCCUCCACGACCGCGGUCUCUCUGGAGUGGUGGCUCUGGGCCUGUUUGCAGUGGAGUCAGAGCUAGCACACCACGGAGUCAAGGUCCUCCACUAUCUCCUGCAGCUGCUGGAGAGUCUUCCUAGAGCCUCGUGGGUCCAGAAUACCCUGGCCUCUGCCAAGAGAGAGGGUGUGAUUGUGGAGCAGUUCUGCUACAAGUUGGGUCUGAUCCUGUCCCAGAUUGCUGCAACAAACCCUAGUCACAGUUCUAAGAUAGUGAAGGCUCUACUGGACGUUCUACAGUGGUUCUGUGACCAGUUUAUCAAGAGCCUCUCUACAACACCUGAGGAGGUGUGUUAUGAGACGGUGCCUGCCAUCCUUGGUCUGGCCAGAGCCAUGAAGGGAACUGCUGAAUGCAGAGCUAAGGCCUUCAGAGAGAUAUGUGGACUAGAAGGAGAGCCAGAGGGAGGAGGAGGAGAAGAAAUAUCAUUUACAUUUGACACCGGGGACAUUAUAAAGUUAAAGAACAUGGUGCUCCGGGUGACUGGCUCACAGCAACUGAAACACCUGACGUCAACAGCCGAGGGUCUCCAUGAGGGGGCGGGGCAAGGGGCGGGGCUGCCGUAUCGUUCCUCCCUCUCCCAGGUCCUCCACUGCUCACUGGUGACUCUCCUCCGAGAUAUCGUGACCUCUUGUACCCUGCCCCUGGACCCAGGGUUCUACCACCAGCUGGUGAAGGUGUGUGAGUUAGAGAUGGAGGGCGGGGUGAGGGAGCUCGGCAGCAGUGCCAGUGCCUCGUCCAACGAGAGAGCAUUCCACGUCAUCUGCAUCCUCUCUGCCGCCACGGACAUGCUCGUCUGGGCCAGCAGGAACGACACAGAGAUUGACUCCACGUUCCACCGCCUGUCGUCCCUCCUGACAGUCCACACCUCAAGAUUCAACGUUCUGGUCUCUCCUCUCAGAGCAACCAUACUAGAGGGAAUAUCAUCUCUGGCUGUCAGGUCCCAGACUCUCAUUCCAGCCGCCCUCAACACCUACAAGGACCUCCUCUACUCCUCCCUCCUUGCCCGCAUGUACAGCGACGCCGUUGCCAGUGGCAACAUGGAGUCUGUCCUCACCGCUCGACCGACGUCGUUCCAAAUGCUCACGUCGUAUCGCCUCACUUCAGUUCACGUCUCGCGGGCCGAUGCCUUUGCUUGUGUGCAGUGGACCCUCGGACAGGUCGUCUACAGCACUCUACAGGCGGCGUGUGAGGGAGGCAGGGAGGUGAUGGAUGGAUUCCUGGCCUCCCUCGGCAACAAACUCUACACCACAGAUGCCAACGAUAAUUUUGCUCUUCGGACUGCCGAAUGCAUCGUCAUGGUACUCGGUCACGUGGCCAGUCACAUGGGGUCAAAGUUCAAUGUGGUUGCCACGGUGACCGGUAUGUUUGGCCAGCGACUGUUCCACCCGACGUCAUCUCUGGACGGGAAGUUGGUGGGAGAGCUUGCCAGGAUCGCAGCCCACACUGCGGAUCCAGAGACAAUGGAGGAGGUGGUGAGACUAAUGAGUCUGUCCCUGGGAGAAUCAUCUCCUAAUAAGGAAAAGAAAUAUGGGCACAUUUACCAGCCGAUGAUGGACUCGUUAACAUUCCUGGCCCGUUACCUGGGAGACGGGGAGCAGAGGCGAGAACUCCUACUGAAGACGUUGCAGCAGUUCAUCCAACAGGGGAUCAUGGCCAAGAAGGCCAGCGACUCCACCCAGAGCACUCAUAAGGCUACUUCAAGUUCAUUCAGUCUGGGGUUGCUCCUACCAAUUAUUGCAGGGCUGGCUGAAAGGGUGGAGCCAUUCACCGACCCACCAAAAAAGGUCAUAGUCAUCUUCAGAGAUUUCUGGCUCUACUGUGUCGUCAUGGGUUUCAGCGAGUCGGCCGGGGUGUUCCCAGCCGGCUGGUACCGCAGCGUGCAGGCCGUGGCGAGGAAAUCUCCUCUCCUCCUCUCCAUGGGGGCAGGGCAGUUCCUGGACAAGGAGCUGGAGUUGAACAGACCUCUCAGGAUCGAGAGUAUUGGACAGGGAGACGUGCAGGAGGCACGGCAGAGCCUGCUGGACGGGUUGGACCGGUCUCUGGAACUGGACAGACUGGUUGUGCGACUCUCGUUCUCCCAGUGUCUCUACCUCAUCUCCAUACACCGUCUCGAGACACUCAGACUGGAGACUAGUACAAAGAACUUUCCUCUGGUGUUCAACUAUCUGGAGGACAAGGGGCUGCAGGGAGAGCUAUGGGUCGCCAUUGAGAAGAUUGCUCACAAGCUGUUUGACCAGUACAUAGAGCAGAUGCAAGCCAAGACUGCGACUGAGGAGAGUGCGGCUGAGCUGGAGUCCCUCACCGAGCUGCUGGUGUUCAAGUUCAACCACAUACGAGGCAGAAUAAAACAACUGGCUGACAAGUUCAUCAGCAAAGUCGUCGACAAGUUCUCCCACCUCCUGUGGAGCAGAAGAGUAGUUUACACAAUGCUAGAUCUCCUCCACCAACUCUCGCUCUCUCUACACACCAUGGACCCGGACAGACGUCGCAGUCUGGUGGUCACCCUCCCUGAUCUUCCCCACUCUGUCACUGUUCCUGAGAACGCCACCAAGCGAGAGAAAACAGUCAGUUACUUUGCUCAGAGAGUGGAGCAAAUCCUGGAGCUUGCCAUGCGUUGGUCGCCACGGGAAACGACCUCUAUCCUCCUCGAGUACGUCCGAUCAGUCGCAAGCUCCGCCCACCACUCCGGCGUCUCCCUGGCAACUGCCCAGAUCAACAACUACUUUGACCUCAACCCUCACAACAAGCACGUACCACCGGUUGUGAGUGAGAGUCGACCAUCUUGUGUGAAGGACCAUCUCUCCCUCCUCUCCUCCUCCCUCCAUCGCCGAACCCACCACAGCGGGGAGGUCGCCGGAAUGAUGACAGCUGCUUCAAUCAUGGCAGGGGUCUCCCCCGGUAACGAGGGGAGGGAGAAGCAGGAGACGUGGCUAAACUUGCAGCUGUAUUUACCUCGCAACUCAGAGAUGCUCUCAGGAAUGGGUCUGACGACCAGUUGGUGACCUCUCUGUCCCGCUGCACUGCUCUCCUCCUCCACUCCUGCCCCUCUCCUCCCUCCCCUCUCCCCCAACUCCAUCCACCGCUCACUCCUCUCCGCCAUCACCCAACUCCCCGUGAAGACCUUCACCGACAACGCCAUAACAACCGCCGUC